AAUGAAAUACAAAGUUCAAAUGUCACGUGUGUCUGUGGGUUAAAGUUGAAAGUUCAAAAUAACUAUCGCAUGCCCUCCGUUCGCGAGAAUGGCUAAACAUCAUCCAGAUUUGAUCUUUUGUAGAAAACAAGCUGGUGUCGCUAUUGGAAGAUUGUGCGAGAAAUGUGAUGGAAAGUGUGUGAUCUGUGACUCGUAUGUGAGGCCUUGCACACUGGUGCGCAUCUGUGACGAGUGCAACUACGGGUCCUACCAGGGGCGCUGUGUCAUAUGUGGAGGUCCUGGGGUGUCUGACGCUUACUACUGCAAAGAGUGCACCAUCCAGGAGAAAGAUCGAGAUGGAUGCCCCAAGAUUGUGAACUUGGGCAGUUCAAAGACUGACCUUUUCUAUGAACGGAAGAAGUAUGGCUUCAAGAAGAGGUGAAGACAGGCCUGUCCAACGAGUGCUUUGCUUCUGUUUUUUUGUAUUAAUGUUUUUACCUUUUUUUUGUGUGUGAACAUGUGACAAUAGAAUAAAGCUUUAUUUUACAUUA